AUGGAUUUUGACUGGAUUGUGGGUUGGUUUUUCAUUUUCUUUAGCCUGUUGGGGAACACCUGGGUUAUUUUCAUCAUCGCGAAAAGAAGAAGAUUACAAACAACAGCCAACUGGUUCAUCCUUUCCCUGGCGGUUGCCGACCUGGGUGUUACUAGUGGAUAUUUUCCAACGUUCUUGAUUUUUAAUGUGCUAGUGGAUACAUGUAACAACGACGUUCGCCUAGUAAUUGCUCGCUUCUUUAUAACCACUUCUGCCUUUUGCCUCACCGCCAUGGCUGCUGAACGCUAUAUCGCUAUCGUCCAUUCUUUAAAAUACUUCCGUUUCUUGACGAAAGCAAACGUAGCCAUUAUUAUUGCGACAUGUUGGACCAUUCCAUUUCUUUUGAAAAUUUGUGAACUCAUCAUCUAUCUUGCUAGAAGCGAACUGUUCGCCCCAAGAACGGCUAUAUUUGGUUGCAUUUCCAUUGUGCUCUUCGGCGUGUUACCAACAAUAGUUCUGCUCGUGGCACAUUUUCACAUCCUUUUAAUUGCUCGCAAACUCUCUCGCGAGAUGAAAGUUCUUUUUAAACAAGUUCGUUUUAACGUAACAGCAAACUGUCAAAAUUAA